UGAUCAUGUGACUCCUCCUCCUCCAUGUGACUGAUCACAUGACGGUGACAUCAUCGCAGGUCCUGUAAGAACAAGGAAACCCGAUGGCUCCUGUACAGAUACAGGUUCCUGUGAUAUACGAUCCUCCUGUGGAAUAUUCCAAAAAAGUAAAUUCUUCCAUUCAAGGAUGAAUAGAAACAGGAAAAAGAUGGUAGAAAGUCUAAUAAACCUCACCCUACAGAUACUGUUCCAGCUUACUGGAGAGGAUUACACAGUAGUGAAGAAGUCCUCUAGUGGGCGCUGUCGGGCCCCUGUGUGUGAAGGAUGGGAAAGAACCCUGAGCCCAAUCCCGGGGCCCCCACCUCACUCCCUGAUACAUGAGGAAAUGGAUGAACAGAAGAUCCGAGAACUCAUCAACAAGAUGAUGGAGCUGCUGACUGGAGAGGUUCCUAUAAGGUGUCAGGACGUGGCGGUCUAUUUCUCCAUGGAGGAUUGGGAGUAUGUAGAAGGACACAAGGAUCAGUAUAAGGAUCAGGUGAUGAUGGAGGAUCAGCAGCCCCUCCCAUCAGCAGUCAGAUCCAGUAAGAGAACAGCACCAGAGAGGUGUCCCCGUCCUCUUCUUCCACAGGAUCAGGAUCAGCCUAUGAUUCAGGGAGAAGAUCUGAACAAUAUUAAUGCUCCAAACAUAAAGGAAGAAGAAGAGACAGAUGUGAGCGGCGAUGAGCAGUAUAAGGAGAACUUUCCUAGAGGGAAAGAUCUGACUUAUAUAAAUUCUAUAGACAUAAAGGAAGAAGAAGAGACAGAUGUGAGCGGUGAUGAGCAGUAUAAGGAGGACUUUCCUAUAGGGAAAGAUCUGAUCUAUAUUAAUGCUACAGACAUAAAGGAAGAAGAAGAGACAGAUGUGAGUGGUGAUGAGCAGUAUAAGGAGGACAUUCCUACAGGGAAAGAUCUCAGCUAUAUUAAUGCUACAGACAUAAAGAAAGAAGAAGAGGAAGCAGAUGUGAGCGGUGAUGAGCAGUAUAAUGAGGACAUUCCUGCAGGUAACUGCACAGAUUCUUGUACCAGGAGAUCAGAGGAGAAUCUUAUAUCUUCAGAUUAUAAAGCAGAUGAUGAUAUCACACAAGAUACAUAUGAAGAACAUUCCAUUAUCCCAGAUACACCCUCAGCCCUUCACAGCCAAGAUCUGUCAUCUCAUCCUUAUAUACAGGUCCUGUCUUCUCACUCAUCACAGGAUGUUCAGCAAAAUAAUGAGAAGCCAUUUUCAUGUUCAGAAUGUAACAAAUGUUUUACUCACAAAUCAGAUUUUGUUCAACAUCAAAAAACUCACACAGGAGAGAAGCCAUUUUCUUGUUUACUGUGUGGGAAAUGUUUUGAUUAUAAAUCAGGCCUUGUUCGUCAUCAAAUAACCCACACAGGGGAGAAGCCAUUUUCAUGCACAGAAUGUAGGAAACGUUUUACUAUGAAAUCAAGCCUUGUUGAUCAUCAAAAAACUCACACAGGUGAGAAGCCUUUUUUGUGCACAGAAUGUGGGAAAUGUUUUACUCGCAAAUCACAUCUUGUUCUCCAUCAAAGAAUUCACACAGGGGAGAAGCCAUUUUCAUGUUCAGAAUGUGGGAAAUGUUUUAAUGAUAAAUCCCCUCUUGUCAAACAUCAGAGAACUCACACAGGAGAGAUGCCAUUUUCAUGUUCAGAAUGUGGAAAACGUUUCAUUCAAAAAUCAUGUCUUGUUAAACAUCUAAACAUUCACAUAGGAGAGAAGCCAUUUUCAUGUUCUGAAUGUGGAAAAUGUUUUACUCGGAAAUCAAUACUUAUAAGACAUCUAAGAAUUCACACAGGAGAGAAGCCAUUUUCAUGUUCAGAAUGUGGGAAAUGUUUUUCCGGGAAAUCGCAUCUUAUCAGACAUCUAAGAAUUCACACAGGGGAGAAGACAAUUCAGAGUAAUAAAUGAUGCAGAUAACACAUCUAUAUAUUAACCAUGUACAUAGGAUAUCUGACAUUUAUACAUAUAUCAUAUACUGCAUCUCCAAACUUGUUCCCAAUUGAUAAUAAAAGUUUUCUUUUAGAACGUAGUCACCGAUCCAGCGAUGUCAUCACUAUAGUUUACAUGGUAGGAAAAGAGUGUGAUAUAUGGUUGUGAUAUUCACUGCUCCUCAUGGAGAAGACCCAACAGGUAUAAUCCAUGGGGAGCUGCUACUGGAGACCCAAACACCUCAGAGAGAAGGGACUUAUUCCAGUGAUGAAGAAUUCCAGGACAUGACCAGAUUAGAGACACAAAAUCACUUCUAUCUUCUGGCCUGUAGUUUCCAGUAGUUUGUACAUAUAACAAUGAGCGGCCCCAGGAUUGUGGGAGAGAAGUGACGGCUCAGUUACCUCUUUAUGGUUUCUAUGGUGACUUCUUUGUGUCUUUAUAUCUUGGACGUUUCUUUGUACUAAUCAGAGUUUUAUGUCUUUUAUCGAGUACAUGGAGUAAACCUCCGCACAUCAGACACA